UGAUUGCAAUUACUUUCAGCGGCUGAGGACAGCUUCUGCCCAUGAAUAGCUUCCCAAUCACAAAAGUUCACAACCCACUACUCCAUUUAAUAAAUCGAGAGACACUGCCCAUCCAUUAAUACUAUUUUUCCUUUAUUUAUACCUUCAUUGCAACCCAUCAUCCACCACUGAAAAUAACCCAUGUUAGCGUUUUACUUUUUGAAACACAAAAGAAACAAAGAAAUGGAGAAUCCAUCAGCCUUGUGGCAGAAAAAUUAAGGUGAACUAGCUUGGAGCUUUCGAUAUAUAGCUUGAAGUUGGGUGUCAAGGGACUUUUAGAUGCCAGUUUGAUGAAGAUCCCAACAAUCUUCAUUCAUGAACAGACCAGCUGUGCAUGUCUCUGCAAAACACUGCUACGGUGAUCAUGAUGAACACACCAAGUUCAGUAUCCACUCAUAGAUUUACAAGGCAGAGGUAAAGUUGCAAAUGAUCGUCAUAGAGCAAUCCACGAAGUUCAAUUUGCUUGCGAGAAAUGGGGAUUCGUCCAAGUGUUCAAUCAUGGAAUUUCUGGUGAAUAUUUUGAAUGAAAUGCUGGGUAGACUGCAUGCAUUUUGUGAAGGAGACCCUAAGUCAUUGAAAAAACGUUUCUUAAUUAGUCUGGUGAAAGCAAAGUGCUUUGUAAUACCAAUUUCGAUCCUUAUAAGUGUCAGCAUCUACUUAUUGGAGGGACACUUUCAAAACUAUGGUGGCACACCUUGCCGUCCAGAUCCAUGUAACUUGUAUUGCAGGGAUGUUAAAAUGGACUACUCAGAACAAAAUAUUCUCAUUAGGGCUUGUUUCAUACGAACUGAAGUCUGGACUCUCAAGCUAGCCAGCUCUAGUCCUAAAUGUUACAGGCACGAGAACAAAAACAUUUUUUCAACGCAGGGUGUGAAAUGCACGUAUUCCAUCUUGCAAUUCAUCCAAAAUAUUCAUGGAAAUACCAUGAUAUCAGUCACUCGGAAGAAUUCCAAUUUCUCACAAGCAAAUUGAAGUUCGUGGACUACUCUACUAUGAACAUUUGCAUCUUUGUCUAUGCUUUGUAAAUCUAUGAGCGGUAUGCUGAACUUGGGAUUGCUAAUGCUAGGACCAUAACUGUGAUCAAGAGCCUGGUCUGUUCAUGAAUGAAGAUUCUUGGGAUCUUCAUCAAAUUGGCAUCUACGAGUCUCUUAACACCCAUUUUUGAGCUACUGAAAGCUUUUAGUACUUCGCUCUUUCUGUUAUAAGAGAUGGACUCAGCAUUGUGCUGGGAUGUUAUGAUUUCCAUUUCUUUCUUUCUUUUGUACUUCAAAAGUGAAACGAUAAUUGCUUAUUUUAUCAGGCAUGUAAUGGGUUGCAAUUAAGGUAUAAAUAAAGGAGAAAUAUAGUAAUAA